GCUGCGAGUCCAUUUUGGACGCCGCCUCGGCUGCGAAAGUUCAAAGGACCUGUUGCUCGUCACCGUGGCGGUUCCACCGAGCUCAGCCCCUCGCUCGGCGCUCGCUCCCGGCCGGCCGGCCUCUCGGGCGCGGUGACCCGGCCGCGGGGCGGCGAGGGGCGGCGGCGGGCGGCGCGAUGCGGCCCGUGGACGCCGACGAGGAGCGGGAGCCCGAGCAGGACUGGGAGAGGGUCCUGAGCCCCGCGCUGCACGCCGUCCGCCGGGACGUCACCGCCCUCCAGCGCGCGCACGUGCGCGCGCACCUGAGGGCCCGCCGGAAGCUGUUGGAGAUCGAGAACCUGCUGGACGAAAUCAAGAGCGAGGUGGAGGCCUCGGAGGAGAGCGUCCUGGAUCCCGCCCGCAGCCCCGGAGCCGAGGCGGAGAAGCGGGUGAUGAAGCUGUGCGAGAAGGUGGAGAAGAAGGCGGCGGAGGCCGCGCUGAUGGGGAAGCGGAUCGUGGAACUGCACCAGCAGAUAGACAGCCACGGGUGCUACUGAAGGACGCGCGCGGGAGCAGGUUCCCCGCCGCUGGGCUCCGGUCGGCCGGUGAGGAGGACUGACCGCCUGGAGAGGCCGAAACCGCGAGGCGGCCUUUUUCUCCCCCCGUUUUUCUGUCUACGUUUUCAUCAUGGUAAACGCGCCAUCUCCAGGACCAUUCUGGUAGAUAUAAGUUCAGUAUUAUACAGUUUUGUGUAAAAUAUGACUGUUAGGUGCAUUCAGCUCGGAAAAGACAGUUUAGGUACAUUUUACUUUUUAUUAAAUGCUCUUACGUUUAAAAAAGAAAGAAAAAGAAAUAGGACCUAGGUUGGAAGCUGCUGUGUGGUCAUCAUUGUUACUGUAACUUGUAUUUUUAAAGUUUGCAAGUAUACCCUUGUGCUUUGCUGUUUUUUUAUGCUUCCUGGAAUGUGGGGACCCGUGAGAAGGACUCGAGGUCGGAGUUCUGCAAGACAGAAGACACGCCUUGGCUGCAGCCGCUGAAGCCAGACCCCAGACCCGAUAGGAGGGCGUGGAGACCCCUUUGGACCCAACUGAGGCGGCUCGGAGGAUGGCUGGGCGUGGAGGACGGUGGCGAAUGAAUUUUGGGACUGUGCAGUCCAUGAAGUCAAGGAAGAAGGCUGUGGUUUUUUUCUUUUUUUUCCAGAACUGUAGUAUUUCUGUGGCACAUUAAUUGGUGCACAUCAUGUAACCUGUCUGGUGAGUAACCUAGGUUAGGGGGUGAGUUCUAGUUACUAUGUGUGUUUGCUGACUUUUUGAUAGAAUGCAGCCACGCAUUUCAGGGGCAUCUCUGCCAGAAUGCACCUGACCUUGUGGGGCCGGGUGAGGGUGGGGAUGGGGAGGGAAGCACGGUGCUGGCGGCUGCAGGGGGUCCCGGACUGAUAGCCGGAGGCCCCUUCCGGCGGAGGGGUUCCAGCCCGGCCGUCAGAGCUCAGGCUUGUGAUGAAGUUGAUUUCCCUGGGAGAACAGAGGCUGAAAGCCCAGUUCUAGAACCUUUGUACCAAUGACCAAAGCCAUUGACUUGGCCAGGAAAAAGGUGAGAUAAAUAAAUUUGUUUUAAAAUGG